CAAAAACAAACGUUCAUCAUGAUCUCUAAGGUUGCUUUUCUGUUCGCCACAUUAGUAGCUGUCCAAGCCACUGGACUGUUGCACGGAGUUGCCUUAGUACAUACUGGAGCUAGUGCAAGCUCAAGAAGUCAAGAUGCUCAUGGAAAUUACGCUUUUGGUUAUGACAUCGUCGACGGUAAGGGUGCUUCCAACUCUCGCUCUGAGGUAGGUGAUGCUCAUGGCAAUAAAAAGGGAUCUUACACCCUUCAUGACAUCGACGGAAGAGCCAGACGAGUGGACUACGUCGCUGAUGCCCAUGGAUUCAGAGCAGCCGUCAAGACCAACGAGCCUGGAACCGCCCUCAGCGCCCCAGCAGCAGCCCUCGUCGCUUCCCCCUACGCCGGCCCUGUUGCCCCAGUUGCUGACCACGUUGCUGUUGCCCCAGCAGUGGCACCAGUAGUUGUCGCCCCUCACGCUGCCACUGUUGUCAGUCAUGUGGCACCAGCCCCCAUUGCCCUUGCUGGACACGGACUUGCCUACAACAGCGUUGUCAAUACCCAUGGACUUGGACUUCUUGCCCCCUAUGGACUGGGUUAUAACGGAUUGGCCUAUGGAAAAGGAUUGGGACAUGGCCUUCUUCAUACUGUCUAUUAAAAUGAUGUAACUGAUACUGUGUAGAUAAAAAUAAAA